AUGUCCCAACCACUUGCGCGCCUCGGCCUGCGCACACUGCGCACGCGGCCUCUCGCGACCCGCAUCGGCGUUCGCGCGUUCUCCGUCUCUAUGCCGCGCCCGUACGAGGAGAACAUGACCCCAAAGGAUCAGUAUGGGCGUCCCGAUUACUCCAAGGGACCGAGCGCACUCGACAAGGCUAGCCAGCUGUUCUUCAUGACGGAGAUCUUCCGAGGCAUGUGGGUCGUCCUCGAACAGUUCUUCCGGCCCCCAUACACCAUCAUGUACCCCUUUGAGAAGGGUCCCCUCUCCCCCCGCUUCCGCGGCGAGCACGCCCUCCGGCGGUACCCUAACGGCGAGGAGCGCUGCAUUGCCUGCAAGCUCUGCGAAGCCAUCUGCCCGGCCCAGGCCAUCACUAUCGAGUCCGAGGCGCGCGUCGACGGCUCGCGCCGCACGACCCGCUACGACAUUGACAUGACCAAGUGCAUCUACUGUGGCUUCUGCCAGGAGGCGUGCCCCGUCGACGCCAUUGUCGAGACCCAGAACUACGAGUACGCGACCGAGACGCGCGAGGAGCUCCUGUACAACAAGGAGAAGCUGCUCCAGAACGGCGACAAGGCCGAGGCCGAGAUCGCCGCCAACCUCCAGUCCGACCACUUCUACCGCUAA